AGCGCCUGUGUGUGUGUGGAAUAGCGUGAACAAAACCAUUCUAUUUACGACUCGAAAAAAGUUAUUUUUAUAACAAAAAUAAAAAUAAUCUUUUUAAUUUUUUUUCAUCAAUUUCAUUAUUUUUAACUAAUAAUUUUCAUAAUUAUUUAUAAUUAUUAUCGUUUGAAAUGGGUGUUCCAAAAUUUUACCGAUGGCUUAGUGAACGUUAUCCAUGUAUUAAUGAAUAUGUUAAUCAAUAUAAUAUACCUGAAUUUGACAAUUUUUAUGUUGACAUGAAUGGUGUGUUUCACAUAUGUUCACAUCCAAGUGAUGAUGUUCAUUUUCGAAUACCUGAAUCUCAAAUAUUUGAAAAUAUUGCUACUUAUGUGAAUUUUUUAUUCAAUUUGGUUCAACCACGUAAAGUAUUCUUUUUAUCUGUUGAUGGCGUAGCACCAAGAUCCAAAAUGAAUCAGCAAAGAUCACGUCGUUUCAAAUCAGCACAAGAAGCUAUUGAGAAAGAAACUAAAGCUAGACGAAUGGGACAAACAUUGCCCAGUGAUCCUCGUUUCGAUUCUAAUUGCAUAACACCGGGAACGGAAUUCAUGAACAAAUUACAUUUGUUUAUGGUAGAAUUUAUUGCUAAAAAAAUACAAAAUUGUCAAGAAUGGCGCGAAGUCGAAAUCAUUUAUUCGGGCUAUGAUGUACCUGGCGAAGGUGAACAUAAAAUUAUGGAUUAUAUUCGGUAUAGUAAAACCAACGAUUCAUUUGAACAUGAUACUCGACAUUGUUUGUAUGGACUUGAUGCCGAUCUAAUUAAUCUUGGAUUAAGUACACACGAGCCAUAUUUUUCAGUGUUAAGAGAAGAAGUUACUUUUGGUAAAUCCAAACAACGACAUUGUGAUCCGAUUCGCACAAAUUUUCAAUUAUUACAUCUUUCCAUUUUACGAAAAUAUAUUUUUCACGAAUUCCAAGAACUAGAACGACAAAUGAAGUUCAGAUUUGAUCUCGAAAAAAUUAUUGACGAUUGGAUUCUUAUCAAUUUUCUCGUUGGAAACGAUUUUCUACCUCAUGUACCAAAAUUUCAUAUCAACAAAGGUGGAAUUCAAAUUUUAUAUGAUACCUACAAAUCUAUAUUGCCUGAUCUAGAUGGCUAUCUCAACGACUCUGGUACAUUGAACUUGAAAAGAUAUCAGAAAUUUUUGGCAAAAUUAUCAGAACACGAUUUGGACAUGUUCAAUCAGAACAAUAUGGAUUUCAGCUAUAUUGAUGACGUGAAUGACAUAACUUUUGGCAGUGGUGUUGAUUUGGGACAAAAUUUUGAUUUCGAAAAAAUGCAAGAAUUAACCGAAGAAAAUUCUCUUCUUUCGGAUACCAAUUCAUCUUCUGAUAUUGAUGAUUCAUCCAGCGAAAAUGAAUUGGAUGAUGAGUUUGUUAUGCACAAAAAUCAUUAUUAUACGACCAAGUUGGCAUUCAAAGAUUUAGCAGCCGAUGUUCCAAAAAUUGUUUUCGAAUACAUCAAAGGUAUUCAAUGGGUGUUGCAUUAUUAUUUUGAUGGUUGUGUUUCAUGGAAUUGGUUUUAUCCAUUCCAUUAUGGACCUUAUGUUUCUGAUUUAGCCAAAAUUGAUAUUUCUGAAGAAUUCCAUUUCGAAAUGGGAACUCCUUUCCAGCCAUUAGUACAAUUAUUAGCUGUUCUUCCUCAAGCAAGCAAAGAAAUCCUACCCAAAGCUUUUCAAAAACUUACCUAUAUUCCUGAUUCACCACUGAUUGAUUAUUUUCCAAAUGAUUUCAAGACGGAUUUAAAUGAAAAAAUUCACGAUUAUGAAGCUAUUAUUUUGAUACCAUUCAUGGAUGAUCAAUUAUUGAUGAAUACUUUUGAACAGUACAAAAAUGGCUUGACUUCUGAAGAAGUUGAACGUAACCGAUUUGGCUUUCAUCAUCUAUUGAAAUGGUCGGAUGAAUCUCCCGAAAUUCGCGAUGCGUUUGAUUUGGAUCGAUUCCCUAAUGUAUUUGAUCAGAAGAUUCCUCUAAAUCAAUUCGUUUUACCUCGUGAAAUUAUAUACAAAGGUGUGCGGAAAAAUGUCGAUUUAGAUGCUGUAAAUGGAUUUCCUUCAUUUAAUGGCAUUGAUUAUUCGGUACGAAUGGAAAAUGCUCGAAUUAGAGUAUUUGAGUUUGCUUCACAAAAUCCAACUAUGAUGAUUGAUGUUGAAAAGAAGUUCUACACAAUGGAAUCUUUACAAAUUUUGGCAACAAAAUUUUCCGACAAAAUCGUUUAUAUUAAUUGGCCAUUAUUAGCUGAAGCCAAAUUGGUUGAAAUGAUUGAUAGUGAAUUUAGAUAUUCAAAAGAAACCAAAUCAAAAAUAACUCCAGAAGAGUUGCGUUCUGCCGAAAUAUCAUCACGUAAUCAUUGUCUAAUGAUGAAAAACAAAAAAGGAAUAAUAUUAGAAUCUGUUGAACAGAUGGUCAAAGUUUUGCCAUUACAAUCACAACGAUAUAUUAUAAGCGGAGGAAGAAUUCAACUUCACAAAGAAUGGUCAACAACAUCGCAAUUUGUUCCUAUCGAAUUGGUCAUUUUUGAAAGUUCAAUAGCCCAUUAUCGAUCAUUACCAGUUUAUAAAUCCUUGCAUACAAUAUUUACUAAGGGUAAAUCAUUUUAUUUAAUUGCAAAUCCUUAUUAUGGUUACAAAGCAACAGUGGUGAAAUAUCUGGCAAAAAAUAACCAUGUUCAAGCGAAUGUCGUUGUUUCUUCUGAACCUGAUUUUAGUGAGAUUGAAAUGGAAUAUUCAUACAUAAUGAGUGAGAAUUAUUGCACUGAAGGUCGUGUUGGAUUUAUGGUCAAACGGGAAUUGAAUUUACCCGAAAGCGUUAUAAGACGUUUGUUGGGCUCAGUAUUAUGCAAAUACCAAACAAACAAAGGUCGGGUGAAGCGUGUCAAUGUUGGUCUUAAGCUUAAAUCUCGACAUGAUGGUGAGCUAUAUUGUGUUCCAGGUUAUUCAUGUAUGGAUCGAGAUGAUAUUUUUUUUCAUAAAAGUGUUAUCAAUAUUCUUCUCGAAUAUCAUGCAAAAUUUCCUCACGUAUUUGAAAUGUUGAUUAAUCACAAACCAAUAUACGAAUUGGAAAAUCUUUUUCCUGGUUCUAAUUUGGACCAAAGUGAAAAAACAAAAGCCUUGAAUAGUAUCAGAGACUGGUUAGAUUUGCAAGAAUUUUCAAAAAUCGGCACUACGCGUGGAAAUGCCAAUUAUUUGGACAAUUGUAUUGUGAAGGCUAUUGAAGAGCGAAUUGAAUCUCAUAUGGUUUUGCUGUGCGAAGAACAAACAUUCACGCAAAAAUUGCAUCCAUCAAGUUUUUACAUACCAGAGUUCAUUCUCAAAGGAAGCUAUCUUCCCGAUGCAAAAGUAAAAUAUCAAUUAUUUGAUCGAGUUGUGAAUGUGAAAACAUCAAUUAUUGUACCAUUUGGUGCUAAAGGAACUGUGAUUGGUAUUUAUUCUGGUAAUGAUCACUUGAAUAGAUUCACACGUUUUAAUAAUGCGCCAAAUGAAGAAGUUGAAGAAGAGAAAAAAUCAGACGAUGAUUUAUUAUCUUCAACGAUUGAAGUUUUAUUUGAUGAACCAUUCGAGGGUGGUUUUUCCGAACGCAGUUCGAAAUCCAAUAUUUUCAAAAUGCAUGCAUCUUAUUUAAUUAAUAUUUCACAUGGAAUGCGGAUGUCGAAAAAGAAUGUCAAUUUCAAGAACGUUUAUCAACCAAUUCAAUCGACUGGACAUAAACAAUCAACUCAUUAUCAAAAUAAUUCUCGUCCACAUUUCAAUCAUAAUAAUCAUCAAUUGCAAACGCAAAAAUCGAGUAAUAUACCAAUAAAUAAUACACCUCAAAAAAUUCAAAUAAUGCCCAGGCCUGAACAAUUCAAUGAAUCACCGAACAAAUUCAAUCAUUCGGAAAAUUCUCGGUUCAAAGCUAUUUCUAAACCGUCAUAUGCUGGUAUUGUUGUUGGUUCUAAUGUUCAAGAACAAUCUUCAAUCGAACAAGGAUUUCAACCUUCCAAUGAGGCUAUUCAUUUUCCGAAUAACCUACCAUUACCACCGAGUUGUUGGUCUUCUGAUGUUUUGGGACAAAUGUUUUCUGGUAUCAACAUAAGACACGCGAAUCCUAAUCAGAUGAACAAUACAACUCCUACAAAAAUCGUAAAUCCAAUAAAAAAUCCUGAAUUACCACCACCACCACCACCUCAUUGGAUCGAAUCAAUAUAUCAUAGAAAAAAGUAAAAAGAUUGGGAGCCCGAUCAAAAUCCACCUAACGAAAAUGAUUAAGUGAGAAUCCAAAAAUAAUCAAUAAUGAUGUAAAAUUUAUUUAGAUGUCAUAUUAUUUUUGAUAAUGAUAAUAAACAAGAAAUUUAACGGAAAUAAACUAAGAUGCUUUGGAUUAUCUAUAUUUAA